AUGGUCAGAAUCACGGUCUGCAUCCUCGAAACGUUAGGGAUCCUGGACGAUGUGUGGGUGAAAGGUCUGCGACAGUCUAUAUGUUCAUUUCUUUUCCAAACUUCCUCCUCCAUAUCCUUUAAUAUGGACAUUAAUCUGCCCGAUGGAAGUUACACAAUUGAAGUUGGGAACAACACUUUUUUAAAGUCAUCUGACAUAUUCUUUAAAGUGGACAAAACUACAUACUCUUUGAAAGAUCAGAGCCUUAAAUUCAUGAAUCGACAAAUUUACAGUGGAAGUGACCAACAUGGAAAUUAUUCUGUAAUAAAGAAUUUCUAUCUGGCUGGGAAAGCGAACAUUUCGACGUCAUUUACGAUAUACGAGGAUUAUGACGCUAUUAUUUUCACACAGACAUACCAUAAUGAAGUCAAAGGAACAAGUUCAGACUCAUAUGACAAAACAAUUUCCGGGUUUCCGAGUUUUAGGGUGGAUAGCUAUGACACAGCUUUAGGGUACCUAUCCCUUGAUGGCUUUAUGGCAGGAGACACAAAGAAGCACAUAGGAGGAUGGAACGUACAGACAGACGCCAUUGGGGAUGGACUACAGGGAGGACCUCUAGCGGUGUUUGACGAACAGGGGAGAACAUUUCUGAUUUCUCCUUUUUCAAGAUUCAUGGCGGCAUCCGCUUGGCAUGAUUCUGAAAAAGGUGGCAACAUAUUCUGUGGAAUAAUGGGAGGUGUCGACGAAGUUCCUGCGAAUUUCACCUACAGCACCAUACUCUUCUACGCCGAUGGAAUAAAUAAGGCAUUUGAUGGAUGGGGAGAAUUCCUACAGAAACAAUACGGGGAGAAUGAAUGGUAUACUUGGCAAGACGACACCAUUAUUUUUCUGGGAUACUGGUCAGACAAUGGAGGGUACUACUACUUUAAGACAGAACCAAACAAAACAUAUGAGCAGACGAUGAUAGAUUUGAUUAACCAAGAAAUCAAUGUUGCGGGAUUGAAUAUGGGAUAUAUCCAGUAUGAUUCUUGGUGGUACUAUACAGGAGCCGGAAAUGGCGUUAAAACAUGGCAACCGAGGCCAGACGUCUUCCCAGACGGACUCGAGUCAAUUGAUAACUCUUACGCAAAACAAAAUGGUGGGAAAUAUGAUUUCCUUAUAGAGGAUCUCGGUGGUCUUCCUCUGCAGCAGGAGUUUUGGGAUGAUUUGUUUAAUAAUGCUUCAAAGUGGGGAAUGUUCUUGUAUGAACAAGACUGGCUAAACGGAGAACUGGACAGGGUUAAGAAGUUAAAGACGGAUCUCUUUCUUGGAGAACUUUGGCUGACACAGAUGCAUGACGCGGCUGCCAAGCAGUACAACUCUAUACAAUACUGUAUGGCUAACCCACGUCACGUGAUGCAGGCUAUAGCCCUUCCUUGGGUCACACAGGUGAGGGUUAGUGAAGACUAUCAUCCCGGGGGAGAGCAGUGGAGGAUCGGAAUUACCUCUUUAUUUGUUGGCGCUCUUGGAAUGCGACCUUUCAAAGACAAUUUCUGGACCUCAAAAGCCCAACCUGAAGAUAAAUCAGGAAAGACCGAGCCCUACAGCGCCUUGAAUGCCGUGGUGUCUACACUCUCUAUGGGUCCUGUGGGACCCAGCGACAGAAUAGGGGCCAUAAACACAUCCCUUUUGAUGCGUUGCUGUGGUGAAUAUGGACAUAUCUACAAACCAGACAGACCUAUCACUGCUACAGACUUGCAAAUCAAAAAGAAAGCCUUUACAGGUUUAGACAUGGAAGUUUGGUGGUCGUUUACGAAAAUCAGGGUCAACAGUACCGCUAUCGAUGUUAACUGGACUUGGGGCGUGGUCUUGGCCGUGGACACACCUACUGGUCUCCAACUUCUUAAGCAGGAUCUAAACUUUAUGGUUGAUGUAGUAUUGUGCAUAACCCGUGUCUGCAGGCAACUGACAAUGGCGUCUCAACACCAUAGUGACAACAGCAUAACCACCCCUAAAAACAACAUCGAGGGGAUCCCAGAUUUUGGGUGGCGAGUUAAUCUAAACUAUGAGUGUAUUGUUAAAUGUAAACCAUUUGCACAGCCUCGGUUCAGUCAAGUCAUCGGUUUUAUUGGUCUGGGAAUAAGAUACGCAAAGGAAUGGUGGAAAAUGCGACGUCUAGGCAGGAAAAUGUUUAUAGACCACAUGGACCAGUUGUUUCACAAGGCAAUAUAUGGUGCGCCGAUAGGGGGCAUUGGUUGUGGAACUAUAGGGAGGGGAUACAGAGGGGAAUUUGCCAGAUUUCAAAUGGUACCAGGGAUUUAUGACCAUACCGUGAUUCAAGCCAAUCAGUUUAUUCUUUGCAUAAGAAAGAAUGGUAAGACUGUGUACCAGAAAGUCCUGACAGGGCAGAGAGAAAGCUCUAAAUCCUUGAAGUCCUGGGAGUGGCAGGAUCCCAGGGAGGGGGAUGUUUAUCAUGCCUUGUACCCCAGGUCUUGGACAGUUUAUAAUCUGGAUGAGUUCAAUCUGAGGCUUAUCUGUAGGCAGGUGUCACCAGUAUACCCACAUGACUACAAGGACACAAGUUUUCCAAUGGCUACUUUUAUCUGGACAGCUGAGAACAAGGGAAGUGAACCUCUGGAUGUGAGUAUUAUGUUCACAUUCAAGAAUGGUCGCGGAGUAAAGGAUGAUGGGAAUGGAGGCUGCCACAAUCACCUGUUUGACCUUGACACCGAGGGAAGGAGGGUGUCGGGGGUCUCCAUCAAUCAUAACAUACAGGACAUGAAAUGUACAUACUGUAUAGCAGGGGUGCAUCAUAAUGAUGUAUCAGUAACUUGUAAGGAGUACUUCAACCCUCGGGGCUCGGGUCAGGAGGUUUGGGAUGAUCUCAAAGAUGAUGGACAGCUAAACCCUGAAGGGGGUAGGAACACCUGUACAGGUAAAGGUGAGGAAAGUGCAGCAGCUGUCUGUGUCCAGGCCAAUGUCCCCCCCAAACAGACCAGGGACCUUGAAUUUACCUUGACUUGGGAUAUGCCAAUCAUCCACUUCAAAGCCAGAGAGAACUUCUAUGCAAGACGAUACACUCGCUGGUUUGGAAUGGAUGGAGAGGCAGGGCCUAGGAUGUCCAGCUACGCUGCCGCUAAUUAUAAAACAUGGGAACAGAAAAUAGAGGAGUGGCAGAAACCUGUCCUAGAAAACAAAAACCUUCCUGCCUGGUAUAAAUCUGCCCUGUUUAAUGAGUUGUAUUACGUCAGUGAUGGAGGGACAGUGUGGAUUGAUCCUGUCGAGGGACAGGGAGGGAAACUUGUGAGGGUAACAGACCCAAAGGAUCCUCCCAUUGUUCAGGAGUUUAGCAGAUUUGGCUAUCUUGAAGGACAUGAGUACAGGAUGUAUAAUACAUAUGAUGUUCACCAUUAUGCAUCCUUCUCCCUCAUCAUGCUGUGGCCGAAACUUCAGAUCUCUAUACAGUAUGAUAUUGCCAAAGCAGUUGAGUCAGAGGAUACUACUAGAAUCAAAUUUCUGACCAGUGGAGAAAAUGGGAUCCGUAAAAGAUUACAUGCAGUGCCUCAUGAUAUGGGAGAUCCUGAGGAUGAGCCUUGGAAGAGGGUAAACUGUUACGUGAUACACCCAACCUGUAACUGGAAGGAUCUCAACAUGAAGUUUGUUCUGCAGACAUUCCGAGACUACUCAGCCUCAAAAGACGAGGCCUAUCUCAAACACAUGUAUCCAGUAGCCAAGUAUGUCAUGGAGACUGCUAAGAAGUGGGACGUGGACAACGAUGGAAUUAUAGAUAAUGGUGGCUUUGCUGAUCAGACGUUUGAUGCCUGGACAAUGUCUGGGGCUAGUGCCUACUGCGGUGGAAUGUGGCUAGCUGCACUGCGUAUGAUGAUAGAAAUGGCUACCAUUCUGAAGAAAGAGGAUGAUGUACUCCACUACAAGGAGAUUCUAGACAAAGGAAAAGUGUCCUACCAAGAGAAACUUUGGAAUGGUUCCUACUACAAUUAUGACUGCAGUAAAGGUGGCCAUCAUGACAGUGUCAUGGCUGAUCAGCUGGCAGGUCAUUGGUUCCUUAAAGCUUCUGGACUACAAGAUGAUGAUUUAUUUCCACCAGACAGAGUUCUUUCCUCUCUAAAAAGAAUCUUCCAGAACAAUGUCAUGAUGUUUGAGGACGGGAACAUGGGUGCAAUCAAUGGGACGCGACCUGACGGGAGUAAGGACAUCAGCAGCUGUCAAUCAGAGGAAUUCUGGGUUGGGGUCACAUAUGGACUAGCUGCUAACAUGAUUCAGGAGGGAUUAUUAGAGGAAGCCUUCAAGACAGCCUGGGGAGCAUACCACGUCUGUUGGGAGUGGUAUGGCCUUGCAUUCCAGACCCCAGAGGCCUAUAUGACUGACAACAUUUAUCGUUCCCUAGGUUACAUGAGACCAUUAGCUAUCUGGUCAAUGCAGUGGGCAUUGGAAAAGUUUCACCCUAACUUAAUGUCCAGUUGAUGUUCAUUUCAGUUUUAUUUUAACUGUGUUCUGUUUCUUCAGUUUUUAUUGCAGUUAUAACCAAUGUAGGGAGUAUUUUAUGUACCUUACAUGUAAAGACUUAAAUAUCAGAUAGCUUGGCUCUUGAUAAGUUUGAUUGUUGAAAUCAGUUUAUUUAAUUUUAACUUCACAUAAUCUACUUUUUACCCUUAAUAGUGUGAAAUUGAUCUGUUCAAGUUUAAAAAUGUGAAUUCCAAGUAUGUGUUCUUAUUUAUUUAUGUAACUGUUGCCAGAGUUUUCUUUGUCAGAGUCGAACACUACAUAUUCUACUUGAUAAGCUGUGCAAUAUUUCUAGUCCCAUUAAGAAUUUACUAGUUUAACUUAUUUAGUGUUAUUCUUUACAAUCUCAAUAUCUUGAACAGCUGUGUUUA